GUGCAUGGAUGACGCUGUCGUGUGGCAGCAGCACCUCGUGUGGAAUAAAUGUAGCGCAGUGAGCGUCUGGUGGAGCCCAGUUUGGAAGAUUAGGUGUUUCCUUCACUUUGCUUACCGACUCCCCCUACAACUCGUAGAUCCUGGUGGUAUCUCCCGGAGAGGCAGGACCGGGGAGCAGCAGCAGAGCAAGGAGUAAGAGGCUGGUGUGAGCGGCUGGAUGUGGAGGAGUCGCUGCUUGGAGACCAGUGCCAGGAAUUCUCAGUAAACACGGGGAGACUCCAGGUUUCAUUGAGAAAGUUCUUCCCACUCCUGGAGAUAUCUUCAAGCGCCUGGCAUUGUGUGGUCCAAGGGUAAGGUUCUGGCACCGGAAGGAACCCUGCUCACUGUUUACACCGUGCUUUCCUUUCUUCUGCCUGUUACUGCUGGGAAUUCACAUCGGACGGUAUCACAAAACCCUCUAUACGGGGGAAACCUGGGGUUACAACACAAUAGCAGGGGCGAUGCCUUCCUUCCAUGUACCCUCUUUGUUGGAACUCUGGAGGAGGGGGUCUGGACUAAGAAAUAUGAAGGGGUCGCUAUUACUAGUCAUAGUGUUUGUGCAGGCUUUGGGUAGUGUAUGGUCUCAGUCCGAACAACAGACUCAGUGCCCAAAAUCAUGCGAGUGUUCGGAUGCAGCCCGGACUGUGAAAUGUGUGAACAAGAGUCUAAAGGAGGUGCCCAAAAACCUCCCAUCUUAUGUGAAGAAUCUCUUCAUCACGUACAACAACAUACACAAUGUGCAGGAGGGAUCCUUCAAUGAAGUCUUAACAAACCUUACCAAUCUCAGUCUAAGUAGUAACCACCUCCAGGAACUGGGCAGAAACACCUUCAGAAACCUUCCAGGUCUACAGCAUCUGGAUCUUAGUAACAAUAAGUUGGCCAAUAUUAGCGACUUGUCCUUCCAAGUUGGUGGUGGCCUUAGCAGUCCACUGCUGGAGUUGAACCUCCGUAGCGCUCUCUUCAAUGAGUCCAUGAUCUUCUUCGUGGCUGGUGCCCUGCAGAAUGGAUCGUUAAGUAACCUCCAGAAGCUAAGCUUGAGUGGGAACAAUCUAAUGUACUUGCCAACGGAUAUGUUCGCUUCAUUGCCCAGCCUCACACACCUUGACCUGAGCAACAAUUCCCUGGUCAGUCUCCGAUCUGGGAUUUUCACCAACCUUGACAGCCUUGACACUUUGGAUCUGAGAAAUAACUCUUUAAAAAACCUAAGGAAUGCAACACUUUUAGAUUUUUCCAGUCAACCUGCUUUGUCUGUGUUCCUCAAGGACAACAGCUGGGUCUGCACCUGUGAAAUUGAACCUUUUCUUAACUGGCUCAAGGACAUGACAAUAGUGAAGGAUUCAUCCAGCUUGCUUUGCUCCGAGCCAGAGAAGAUGAGGAACAUUUCAUUGCUUUCAGUUAAAAUCUCUGAGCUUGAGUGCCCACCAUAUCCAGAUGACACCAGCUUACAAACCUCCUAUGUUUUUCUGGGUAUCGUGCUAGCCCUCAUCGGAGUGAUCUUUCUGCUCGUCUUGUAUCUGAACAGGAAAGGGAUUAAAAAGUGGAUUUACAACAUCAGAGAUGCAUGCAGAGAUCACAUGGAGGGCUAUCACUACAGAUACGAGAUCAAUGCAGAUCCCAGGCUGACAAACUUAAGCACAAACUCUGAUGUAUAAAUAAUUUUUUUGUGGACCAGAGCAACACUUUAUCUAUGCAUGAACUUAAUGUACAGAUAAUGCAUUUAACCAUGAGCUUGCUCUCUUCACUCCCUGCUGCAGAAGUAGACAAUGGCUCCACGCAGGGCUUCUGAAUGCCUCCAUCUGACUGUGAAUUUAUUGCUGCUUUCUAAUUUUCUCUGUACUGUAGAGUCUGGACUUCGCAUGCUGACCAUCCACACAGAACAGACUGGUUUUGCUGUUCAUAGGAUGAUACUCCUAAAAGAACAAUGUUGGACAGUAGCAGAGCAGCAACAAGACUUUGCUUUUUAUCCUUUACUUGGUUUCCUAUCGGUACCACCCGUUGCCAAUCCAGAUACCAGUCACUGACAACUGCCUCAAGAUAUGUUUCUUUUUUUUUUUUUUUUUCUUUUAUAUACUGGUUUGUGAGAAUGCUUCCAAAGUUGCAGUUCUUUUGCAUGUCUAACAUGAGGAGCUAUACAGCAGCAUGUACAAUGUCUCCCUGUUUUUAAUGAUUUGAGAUCCUUACUUGGAGAACAUCAACCGUAAUACUUUUGCACUGUUUUUUGUAAAAGAGAUAUGCAGUUUAUAUCAAAUCCCAAAUUUCUAUAAACUGCGCCCGAUUUUAAUAACUCAGACUCAAUAAAGAAUAUAUUAAAAUAAUUAGUGUGUGGAUGUUUUCUGCCAAAAGAUCUUCCACCUACAUGGUGGGUGUUGUGCAGGAAGCAAGUCGGGGUGAGGCAAAAGAAAUUGAUGUAUUUUGUCUUAUGUGGAGCUGCCAAGUCUUGUACAGAGGAGGUGGACACGCUAAAAGGAUAUUUGCAAGCGCUCCUUUUAGUAGUAACCAUCGAUAUAUGUACAUACAAUGACAUGGAACCUGCAAUAAGUCUGUGUAAAUACUUUUUGUAUUUUUUUAUUAGUAUACCAAUUUGUGCUUAACAUAAUAAUGCCUUGACCUGUAUGUUGUGAACUGUUCAAAGAGUAAUAGUAAAUGGCAAUAGGAUGAACAAUACAGUCUAUGGCCUCGAGGGUCGGUUAACCCAUUAUGUUUAUGUGCAGAUGUUUGCUUUUCCAGUAGUAUUUAGCAGUGGUGGUAUCUGGUUUGCAUGUGAAUGAUGUUUUCUACUUGGACGGGGCAAAUAAUGGAUUUCUCUCUCUACCAUUUAUUAUCAGAAGGGUCUUCUGAUGGCCUACAGGCCUCAUUUACUAAUACCGAUUAAGAAUUUUUGAAACCAUUUUUGUUUAAUCGUUUGAGAUGAUUUCUGUGACUUUGUGUAGUUUUUGCAUUUUGCCAGUACAUAAGUGAACAGCAUGAAAUCUCCUCUCGCAAUGUGCCAUUCUCUUACUAUGCAGAUGGGAACCUGAAGUUCAGUCCUGGUUUAUUGAAGUUUACUAGGAAAUGCCGGAGCUUCAUGCAUAAUAAUGGAAAUCUGCUCUUUUAAACUUUAGGCUUCUUUGAAUUGAAAUGUAAAUUGUAACCUAACGUUGAUGUUGGCCAUCAACAUAUAAAUGAUGUCUUAAUCCGGAUAAUAAUAGAUUGUAGAACAGUAAUUACCUUCCCCAUGUAUAACAAAAGAAUGUAAUCUCAGCAGCUUUCUGUGCCUGCCAUGGAGUAUUUAUCCCACCGAAGUCCUAGGGCAGUGGUACAGUUGGGAAUCUAUACUCUGAAUGUGUGUGUGUGUAUACUGAACUAUAAUAUACUGUCAUAAUCUGCUCACUCUGGAACA